AUGACCUACUCCCUCAUCCUCUUCGUCCCAUGCAAACCAGGCCUCACACUCGAAGCUUUCAAACACCACUGGGAAACGUCGCACAUCCCGCUCCUCAAAUCGCUCGUUGGCUAUGACUUCCCGCUUUCCCACACACGGCACUACAUUGAGCGGACCUUAGAUGGCCAAGCCAAUGUGAGCGUUGGCGGCCCGCAAGACAUUGCCUUCGAUGGCGUCGCCGUGCUGACGUUCGCCGACCGAGGCCACUAUGAGAGGUUCCUGGCGAAGGUGAAUGAGGACAAGGCACAACAGAAGCAUGCGGAAGAUUUGGAGAAGUUUGUGGAUGUGGGCGCGUUGAAAGGAGUUAUGGUUGGGCUGACGAGGGCUACGGGAAGGGACGGGGGGGAUGUGGGGUGGAGGUUUGUUGGGAGUGUCUAG